AUGUCAUCAGGUGUGCAUAUUCGACAAUGGACAGAAAAAGACGCUUCAGGCACAUGGGAGGUGUUAAAAGAGGCAAGCUUCAGUAAUCUUUACCCUUCUUUUAAGAUCGCUAUUUCUCGACCUGCGUCAAUCAAACUCGCUUCUGCUGUUGCCCUUGUUGCGGGAGUUGUUUUACAGUCCUUCCUAGCGGUAACAGUAUCUCUUAUUAUCUAUGGGUGUGCCGUGUAUGGGUUCAGCUUUAUUGGCACACUGUACUACCUGUAUGGCCCGACCCAUGACGACAUGAAAAAUGCACGACAGAAUUACUUCCGUGACGAAGACGACAAUUUUUGGAUUGCCGAGGUUAACGGCGAGAUUGCAGGAACGGUUGGGAUUGUGAAGAAAACGGCUGGUGACGCAGAACGUAAAGUAGCAUGGCUGAGACGAAUGGCAGUGAAAAGGAACUUCAGACGCUUAGGUAUUGCCAAGAAGCUGGUUUCAACGGCGAUAUCAUUUUGUAAACAACGUCACUACGACAAGAUAGAGCUGAUAACGACGGAGGUUCAUCAGCCUGCGAGGAAUCUCUACACGAGACUUGGCUUUAUAAUGGUGGACUAUAGACCGUAUAAAUAUCUCCUGGGGUUGAUAUCGGUGUGGACAUAUGAGUUUGAAUACGAACUGAAUGAUAACUGA